AUGAUAGCACGGCAUAACGAAUUGAGGGAGAAAAUUAGACAGCUAACCUCGCUGUACGAUGUUACAUCGGCCGAAUGCAUAUAUGAGGACCAAGACCAAGACCCGACAGGAUCGUUGCGGAUCGGGGACUUAAGAUUGGCAACCGGGAAGCUAGAAGAUGACCCCGCCCAAGUACAGGACGAUCUCCUCGAAAUCAAUCUGGGGACAGAUGAAUCGCCUAAACCCAUAUACAUCAACGCAGGACUGGACGAAGGAUUCAGAGAGCAACUGGUCGCCCUACUCAUCGAAUUCCGCGACUGUUUUGCCUGGUCAUAUGAUGAAAUGCCGGGCCUUGAUCCCGAUAUCGCCGAGCAUAAGCUUCCAUUAAAGAGUGGGUUUCGGCCAUUUCGGCAACCCCCACGGCGAAUGUCCAGGGAAGUGGAUACUCUUAUCCAAGAUGAGAUUAAGCGGCUGGAAGAUGCCAAGUUUAUCCGGGAGGCCCAGUACACCGAAUGGCUUUCCAACAUCGUACCAGUGAUGAAGAAAAACGGGAAGUUACGAGUAUGCGUAGAUUUUCGGAACCUCAACUUGGCCACACCCAAAGAUGAAUACCCGAUGCCUGUAGCCGAUAUGCUGAUCGACAGAGCAGCUGGACACACGAUACUUAGUUUCCUCGAUGCGCAUUCCGGGUACAACCAAGUCCCAAUCAACAAGGAAGACAUCUCCAAAACGGCUUUUAGAUGCCCCGGGCCGAUCGGAGCGUAUGAAUGGGUAGUCAUGCCUUUCGGCUUAAAAAACGCAGGGGCAACAUAUCAGAGGGCGAUGAACAAGAUGUUCAGAGGUCUUGACUGCCUUGAAGUCUACAUCGACGAUGUCGUAAUCAAGUCAAAUACCGGCGCAGUUCAUCUGGCCGACCUCCGACAAGGUUUCAAUCGAAUACGAUGUAAUGGUCUAAAGAUGAACCCUCUGAAAUGCGCGUUCGGCGUUUCGGCCGGAAACUUCUUGGGAAAAGAGACCGACGAGUGGAUAUGGACGGACGAGCAACAGCGGGUUUUCGACGAUUUGAAAGGUUACUUGGCGAAACCUCCAGUUAUGACCCCUCCGAAGCCGAACAAGCCGUUGUUGCUAUACCUAUCGGCUGCACACGAGUCCCUAGGAUGUAUGCUCGCCCAAGAGGACGAUGGAGUCGAGAGAGCAGUCUACUACUUAAGCCGAGGGUUGACGGACACAGAGAUUCGCUAUACCGACAUAGAAAAAAUGUGUCUAUGCCUGUACUUCACAUGUUGCAAGCUGCGAUACUAUAUGUUGCCGGUCGUAGUGUAUGUAUUAUCCCAGACCGACAUCAUUAAGUAUAUCUUAUCGAAGCCAUACCUGAGGAAUCGGAUCGGAAAAUGGGCGAUUGCAAUGUCCGAAUUCACAUUGGUGUACGUCCCCCAAAGGGCAGUGAAAGGACAAGUGUUGGCAGACUUCUUGGCCGAUCACCCUGGUAUUACUCUCAAGGAAGAGACACCUGAUCGGGUAGACAUCACGUUCUUCGACAUCGACGUAUGGAAGAUGUGGUUCGACGGAUCCAGGACAAGCCAGGGGGCAGAAUAUGAGGCCCUCAUAUUCGGUUUUGAGAUUUUAGCCGAGCUAGGGGCGAGGGCGAUCAGUGUAAAAGGAGAUUCUUUGCUGGUCAUUAAACAAGUGACAGGAGAAUUUAAAUGCGAGUCCGAGCUGUUGGUGAGGUAUUGCAACAAGGCGAAACACCUGAUCGAAGGCUUCCAAGACACGAGAAUAGAAUACACGGAGAGGGCCGAUAACGGCGUUGCAAACGACCUAGCUCAGCACGGGAGCGGUUACAAGGUAAACCGAGAAUUCGACGCCAUAGAGAGGGAAACACCGAAUCUCCACACCGGGGGCAUCACGAUCGACGAAAGACAGUUCUCGGUGUACCAGCUGGACGUCACCCAAGAUUGGAGGGACGAGCUCCUAAAGUGGUUCGAAAAACCAGACGCCACGAAUAGGAGGUUGAGGACUUUAGCCCUUAAUUAUGUGGUCUUAGCCGGCGAAUUAUAUAAGAAGGGCUUUGAAGGGCUACUCUUCAGAUGCAUCGGUCCGAAAGAGGCGAUGCUUGCUAUGGCCGAGGUACACGAAGGUAUAGCAGGCGCCCACCAGGCGGGUCCCAGAAUGAGGUGGCUCAUCCAUAAAUACGGCUUUUAUUGGCCGAAAAUGGAACAAGACUGCAUAAGAUAUGCUAAAGGUUGCGAAGCCUGUCAGAAAUUCGGCCCAAUACAACACGUCCCGGCCGAAGACCUGCACUCCAUCAUCAAGCCUUGGCCAUUCAGAGGAUGGGCGGUCGACCUGAUAGGGAAAGUAUACCCCGGCUCGUCUGAUGGUCAUGCUUUUGUGAUUAUCGCCACUUGCUACUUCACCAAGUGGGUCGAAGCUAAACCUUUGAAGUCGCCGACACAAGAAGCGGUGAUCAAGUUCUUCAAAGAAUACAUCGUCCACCGACACGGCUUGCCCGAGUCCAUAACCACAGAUCAAGGGACGAUGUUCACAGGAAGCGAUAUAAGUUGGUGGGCCUCCCAAAUGAAGAUAAAGAUGUUGCACUCAACACCGUACUACGCCCAGGCCAACGGACAGGCCGAAGCCACGAACAAAGCCAUCAAGCUCAUAGUUCAAAAGAUGAUUGAAGAAAACCCAAGGCAAUGGCAUGUGUUUUUAUCAGAAGCUGUUUGGGCGAAUAGAACCAGUCAAAAGUCGGCUACUGGGACCUCGCCUUUUAGACUGGUAUAUGGUUACGAUGCGAUGUUACCAAUGGAGCUAACCGUCACGUCUACUCGCCGCAGAUACCAAUGCGAAUUGUCCAAAGAAGAUUACUUUGACAAGAUGGUGAUAGAUUCUCUGGACCUUGACGAAGAACGUUUGACGGCGUUAGACCACUUAGAAGCCCAGAAAAGAAGGGUCGAGAGAGCUUACAACAAACGGGUAAAACGAAAAGCUUUUGUCGUGGGCGAUAUAGUGUGGAAAGCAGUCUUGCCUAUCGGCCACAAAGACACUCGGCUUGGCAAAUGGAGCCCGAACUGGGAAGGCCCCUUUAUUGUGGUCAACAAGUUAGAAGGCGGUGCUUACUUGCUGGCAAACAUUGAUGGAGAGGAACACGAAAGGGCGAUCAACGGCCAAUUCCUGAAAAAAUACGUCCCUAGCUGUUGGGAGGGCGAAGACCGUCGGUUGUUUGGAGCCACCGAAGAAUAA